AUGCCAUUGGGACUAAUGGAAAGGUCUAACGCAUAUACUUUUGUACAAGUAGCCGUUUUCUUUUUAAGCUUUUUUUCCUCACCGAGCUUUGUACGUUCAUCAACUUACUACGACACCAAAUUCCUUCUCCACGACCUGUUGGACGAAAAUACCUACGAUAAAAGAGUGAGACCAGUUAAAGACCAAAAUGAAGCAAUGGAUGUGCAGGUCGAUCUCUUUCUCAUGGGUGUCAUAAACAUUGAUGAAGUACAGGGAUCGAUGACAACAACCGUUUUCCUUGACAUCAGGUGGGAAGAUGGACUUCUCAAAUGGACAGAAUCUAUGUACAACGGUACGAAACACAUUUACAUACCCCAGUCUGAUAUCUGGAAACCUGAUAUUGCUGUUAAUAACGGAUUUACAAAGCGUAAGGAACUGGGGGACCCGUUUACACUCGUUACAGUGCAAAGUUAUGGUACAGUAAGUUGGCAACCAUUUGAAAUACUCGAAACAAAAUGCUCCAUUAACAUAAGAUUCUUUCCAUUCGAUAAACAGGUUUGUAACCUCGAAUUUGGAGUCUGGACAAGCAACGUUAAUGAAAUUGGAGUAAUAGUUGGCUCAAAAGGCAUACGGAUGGACACUUAUCAGGGAAAUGGAGAAUGGGAUGUUUUGAAAACUGCAGUUCUAGGCUCUGGGUCAAAUGUCUUUAACACUGAAGUCAAGUUUUCAAUUACACUACAGAGAAAGCCUGGGUACAUCAUGGUUAACGUUGUAUUGCCGAUUCUAUUGUUGUCGAUUCUGUCUACUUGUACUUUCCUUCUCCCGGUAGACAGUGGCGAGAAGAUGAGUUUCUCUGUUACACUCUAUCUUUCUUUCGCCGUUUUUCUCACAAUAGUGGGUUCAUCACUUCCGGAAACUUCAACAAUGUCAUUACUGUCGAUGUAUCUUGUCGUACUUUCAAGUAUCGGAACGGCUGUUAUCAUAAUUACAUCCAUUCAAAUACGUCUGCACUACAGAGACAGUUCUUUUGAAAUACCGUGGUGUGUGAGAGGUCUUGUGAGAAUCAGCAGGCAGUUGCAUUGCAGGAGAUCGUUACUAAGAAUUCAAAGAAGUAACCAAAUUGACGAAAUACACAUUCAAAAUGAAAGUACUGAUACUCAGGAAAAUGUGCCGAAGACAGAUAUUGUAACAGAUGGUUCUGAGAUAUCUCCUAUGUCAGAUAGGCCUGGCUCGAAGCAAGGACUUGCAAAUGACGAUAUCACGUGGCCGGAUGUGACGUCAGCGAUUGACUUCUACGGUUUCUGGAUAUUUUCCAUAGCGAUUAUCAUGUGUACGGUUUUGUUGUUUACAAAUGGAUACAUCCAGGCAAAUUUUGAUCCAUGA